AGAGCAUUCCUAUAGCUAGCUGGGCACGGUCAAGCCAUGGCAGACCGAGCUCUCACUCCCUUCCAGCUCGUUUCCACCCUCUUGGUGGCGCUCCUCAUCACAUGCCACGCCGGCGGCAUCGCCGUCUACUGGGGCCAGAACGACGGCGAGGCGUCCCUGUCCGAGACGUGCGCGUCCGGCAACUACAGGUUCGUCAUCCUCGCCUUCGUCUACAAAUUCGGUAAGGACCAGACGCCGCAGCUGGACCUGGCCAGCCACUGUGACCCCUCGUCGGGCGGCUGCACGGGAUUGAGUAAGGACAUCCGUUCGUGCCAGAGCCGCGGCAUCAAGGUGCUGCUCUCCAUCGGUGGCGGCGACGGCAGCUACGGCCUGUCGUCCGCGCGGGACGCACGGCAGGUGGCCGCUUAUCUGUGGAACAACUAUCUCGGCGGCACGUCGUCGUCUCGCCCGCUCGGCGAAGCCGUCCUUGACGGCAUCGACUUCGACAUCGAGCUCGGCGGCGCCAAGUACUGGGACAACCUCGCCAGGGACCUCAAGAACAUGGGCAAGAACGGCGGCAAGGCGGUGUUGCUGAGCGCGGCGCCGCAGUGCCCGUUCCCGGACGAGUGGGACGGCGGCGCGAUCAACACGGGGCUGUUCGACUACGUGUGGGUGCAGUUCUACAACAAUCCGCCGUGCCAGUUCAGCGCGGGGCGCAGCGCGUUUCUGGACGCAUGGAAAAAGUGGGAGUCGGUGCCGGCCGGACAGAUCUUCCUGGGGCUGCCCGCUUCCAGUGACGCGGCCGGCACCGGGUUCGUGCCCGCCGGUCAGCUCACGUCGCAGGUGCUACCGCUCAUCAAGGGCUCGCCCAAGUACGGCGGUGUCAUGCUCUGGGCCAAGUUCUACGAUGACCGUACGGGCUACAGCUCCGCCAUCAAGAGCCACGUCUGAUACUGCAAAUUGCUCAGCAGUCGGCAGGCAUGCAAGCUUUGCAUGCGUUGUACGUGUGUGUUGGUCGUAGAUUGUAGAUCGUUUAUCUUUGUGCAUGUUCGUGUUCUAGUCUCGACUUACCAGAGCUGGAGACUGUACUCUGU